AUGUCGACGACGAAGCCCGCGCCGGAGGAGGAGGAGGAGGAGGAGGAGGAGGUGGUGGUGGCGGCGUGCGGGUGCUGCGGCCUCACGGAGGAGUGCACGUCGGCGUACAUCGCCGCGGUGCGGGGGCGCUACCUGGGCCGCUGGAUCUGCGGCCUCUGCGCCGAGGCCGUCGACGACGAGACCCGCCGCCCCCGCAGCCUCCGCCGCAGCCGCCGCCGCGCCGCCGACUCCCCGGAGAGCCUCGUCGCCGCCGUCGCCAGGGUCCUCCGCCGCAGCCUCGACUCGCCGGCGCCGGCCGAGGACGCCCCCGCCGCCGUAGCCUCGGUGCGGCGCCGGAGCUCGGUCGCACGUUGA